GCUUGGUUGAAACCGUACAUUGAGUUGAACACUGAAAUGCGGAAACAGGCGGCAAAUGCUUUUGAAAUAUCGUUUUUCAAAUUAAUGAAUAAUGCCGUCUUUGGAAAACCAUGGAGAACAUGCGGAAACGCAUCCGCAUUGAACUAAUCUCCAGUCCCGAACGUCUAAGCAAGCUCGUAAACCAACCAACCUUCAACGACUGUAUCAAAUACGGCGAAAGGUUGUGCGCCGUCAUAAUGGACACAAAGAUUGUCAAGUUUAUCAAACCAAUAUACGUCGGUUUAGCAGUGCUUGACAUUAGCAAGUCGCUAAUGUACAAGUACUUCUACGACGUAUUAAAACCUCAUUAUGGCGACGCAAUCAGCCUGGUUUACAUGGAUACUGACUCCUUCAUAUACCUGCUCAGAGUCAGCGACUUCUAUCAGGAUUUAGCUGACAGCCCCGAUUUACUGGUGUAUGUGGACGCAUCUAGCCUGCCCAAUGAGCUUGUUACUCAACCUCGAGGAAGAAGACGCCCGGUCUGUUUUUAGACGAGACCGGCGGCCUCACUCUCUUUGAGAUCGCUGCACUUCGUUCAAAGUGCUAUGCAUUU